AUGAGCUACACGAAUUACCUACUCUCUCGAUUGACCACAGGAAUAGAGGACCUGCAGGAGUUAGCAGAACAGACAAAGUUAAGGGUGCUACAGAAAUGUUUAGCCGAAAUGAAGACAUCGUUAGACGAUGCAAAGAAAUGCUACGCAGCAGAAGUUACACUGAAUGAGGAAAUGAUGUUGAUCGAUGGUUAUUUCAUUCUUGAAUUUCUCUACAGAUCACACAAUGGCAACUCAAAGGGACCAAACACAGAUCCUAUUUUUGGUAACACUUUGACCUUGUACGACGUGAAAAAUGAUUUGGUACUCCUGGAGAAUCAGAUUCCUUUCUUUGUGCUCGAGAAAUUGUUCCACCUCACGGUGCGUCGCCUCCACAACAACAAGAACUGGUCGCUCACCGAUUAUGUGCGGUGGUGCUAUGGCAACAAGAUGAGUCCAAUACGAAUUCCAACAACAGUAGCAGUGGUAGCUCCAAAACUUGGUACUGUUCGCCCAGUGACUGUAUCCUUAGGGUUUUCGGCAACAAAUCGGAAAAUCCUACAACAAAAGAAGAAGGAAAAGAAGAAGAAGAAGAAGACCGUAAUGCUAAUUACUUUCAUUUCCUCCAUAACGUACAUGCUGGUUACCUUCCGCUUAAAGUUCAAACAACGCAGAAAGCGUUAA